AUGGCGUCGACUGUAGGACAGACCAUUACUUGCAAGGCCGCCGUUGCCUGGGGGGCCGGCAAGGAGCUCACCAUUGAAGACAUCGAGGUCGCUCCUCCCAAGGCCCACGAGGUCCGCGUUGAGAUUCACUACACCGGUGUUUGCCACACAGAUGCGUACACGCUCUCCGGCAAGGAUCCCGAGGGCGCUUUCCCCAUUGUCCUCGGACACGAGGGUGCCGGCAUCGUCGAGUCCGUCGGCGAGGGCGUCACCAAUGUCAAGCCCGGCGACAGCGUUGUCUGCCUCUACACCCCCGAAUGCAAAGAGUGCAAGUUUUGCAAAUCCGGCAAGACGAACCUGUGCGGCAAGAUCCGCGCCACGCAGGGCAAGGGCGUCAUGCCCGACGGCACGAGCCGCUUCAAGGCAAAGGGCAAGGACCUGCUGCACUUUAUGGGCACCUCGACCUUUUCGCAGUACACUGUCGUCGCCGACAUUUCCGUCGUGGCCGUGCAGCCCGACGCGCCGAUGGACCGCACGUGCCUGCUGGGCUGCGGCAUCACCACCGGCUACGGCGCCGCGCGCGUGACGGCCAACGUGGAGGAAGGGUCCAACAUUGCCAUCUUUGGCGCCGGCUGCGUCGGCCUGUCGGUGGUGCAGGGCGCCGUCAUCAACAAGGCGGCGCAGAUCAUCGUCGUCGACGUCAACCCGUCCAAGGAGGCGUGGGCCAAGAAGUUUGGCGCCACGCACUUUGUCAACCCCAACGACCUCAAGGGCCAGACGAUUGUCGAGAAGCUGGUCGAGAUGACGGACGGCGGCUGCGACUACACGUUUGACUGCACCGGCAACGUCAGCGUCAUGCGCGCCGCGCUCGAGGCCUGCCACAAGGGCUGGGGCGAGAGCAUCAUUAUCGGCGUCGCCGCGGCUGGCCAGGAGAUUUCUACCCGACCAUUCCAGCUCGUCACCGGCCGUGUGUGGAAGGGAUGCGCGUUUGGCGGCAUCAAGGGCCGCUCGCAGAUGGGUGGCCUCGUCAGCGACUACCUCGACGGCAAGCUCAAGGUCGACGAGUUCAUCACCCACCGCAAGACCCUCGGCGAGAUGAACAAUGCCUUUGAGACGAUGAAGGACGGCGACUGCAUCCGCGCCGUUGUCGACAUGCGGAAGCUGUAG